AUGGCCCUUUCUCUCCUGAUCAGUUUCGGUACCGCCGUAGGGGCUUCCGAAGGCAUCAAAGCUUCCAUGGCAAGGUCGCGUCGAGAAGAGCAUCGGAGCCGAAAGAACAAUCUCGUCGUUCACUGCCCCAAAUCCUCUCAAUUCAGCCCUUAUCUCGAAGGUCGUCAAGUAGUGUUAUCAGGUUAUAGAUUGUUUGUAGACACUGGCACCGCCCACGAUGUCCCAUUCGGCCAUCCUUUUGAGGGAUACUACCUCCCUUAUCCGGAGUCUCGGUUCUCGGGCUUGGUCAGCACAAUCACGCACGAAGCGCCAAUCAUGAACUGGAUAUUCGUAGAUCCGGUUAGCUAUCAACUCCGCUUUGGGAAUCGGGCGGCAGCAGAUGGAAAUCUGACUGGGCCGUGGGAAUGCACUCGUCAAGACCGCCGAGUCACAUUGUGUGGAUGGGAAGGCUUCUGUGCAGUUCUGGAAGAAGGCGGUAUUUGGGGUUUGUAUUUCGACUGCGAUGGAGAUGGCUUAAAAAGAAAGUUUGACGGUGAUGGACGUAUAGUGAUUGAGAUUGAGCUGUUGCGAAGAGAGAUGAGGACGAGAAAGCCGGAGUUGAUGCUUGCUGAAUCAGACUCACAACAGAAGAGGCAGUCGGACCAAGGGGGAGGGGCCAAAGACACAAACUCCCAAAGUCAAGAUGGAGAAAGAAAUAUCGAGGUUGAAGGAAAGAGGAACAAUGUAUGA